AUGGGUUUCGAUGAUGCUCAUCCAGUAGACUUGAAACGACUUUCGACACCUGAAAACAGACUUCAUGUACAUUACAUUGCAUCAUCAAGCAACGAGGAGCAACUGACACUGACCUUGGCUCCCACUUCGACGAAGAUUCUGCGAACAGAACAAGCUUCAAUAAAUUCUGAAGCAGUGCUCUUGCAGUGGCUAGGUUCUGUUGGUCAUGUUAGUCCCCUAACAAAAGAACGACAGAGGAACCCUGAAACGCUUGAGAAAGCUCCCAAAGGCAGCGACGCGGAGGCUAAACUAUCCAAGCACACUUGUCAAUUCAAGAAGACUUUGCCGAGAGUCGUUAAACAUGGCCGGGUCAAGUGUCCGAAUGACGUUGAGUUCCUAUUGACAAAACGGACAAGUGGAGCUAUGCUUUCGUCUGUGAUCAACACUUUGUCAAAACCCCAACAAAGGCAUAUCGAUUUUCAGAUUGGACAGCUGAUUCGUGGAUUAUCUACCUACCAGUCACCAAAUGGACACUUUGGGGUCGCUUCUGCUGUGUUGAAGGCUGCUGGUAUUCACCACACCAUGUUCAUAGCCUCAACUGUGCCGACUGAACAGGUUACGAACGAUGCCGUAUAUGCUCGGUGGUCCGACGCCUUCUUAUGGCUGCUUGAAUCUGUAUUGAGAGACGCAGAAGACGUUUCCUUGUCUUUGGAAUAUGACAGGCUUCGUUUUCAUGCCGGCCGCUUCAAGAAAAUACUUGAUGAGGUGACAGUGCCUUGCCUGGUGAUUCUUGAUGCCGGCGAAUACGUCAAUACCCAUAUCAUUACAUCUAGCGACUCCACAACGCAAGACCUCAAAGUCUCCAUGCAACGGCAUGGCAAAACAUCUUUCCAAACAGAGAAGCCUCAAACUGUAGCAGCCCCAUUGCUGGAAGCAAAUCGAUCCGCCAGAAAUGAGCGAAAGGACGACGAACGUGGCCCUGUGCCGGUGCUGGUGCCAAUCACCACGCGUCAGAACCCGGAUACACCGAGAGUUAUUGGUAUUCAGGACUGGCAUAACAGCGUCUUUGGUGAUCCAUUGUUCACGUCCGUGCUUACCAGGAAUAAGAAUACGGAUAUGUUGGAUGGCUUGAUGGAUCAAACUGGCCAUGUUGAGUCCAAAGCAGUAAGACAGGCAAUCCACUUGGCAAAAGACUUCCAGCACGUGGAUGUGCGGCGGCUGCUAAUGACAGUCGACGGCGAUGAUCGGGAGCUCCCGGCUCGACGAAGGCUGGUACAAGCGAUAGUUAGGUUGGACGACUUGGACGACCAGGGUAGAAAGUUACAUCCACAUCCAUGCCCAUCCCAUCCCAUCGCAAAGCGCAAAAAGUCUGGCUGA